AACGGACGCAUUUCUAUCAUGAAUUAAUUUAUUUUAUUUUAUUUCUUUUCUUCACCCAUUUCUUUGUAGUAACAAAAUGGAAACAAAGAAGACACAAGUCAGAAGCCGCUUCAAUAAGCUGUCACUAAAGAAAAACAAGACGAAGUUUGAAGAGAUUAAACCCAACCGAAGUUCUGAUGUAUUUAUUCUAGACGACUCGUUUGAUAGAUUAAAGCUGGACUUCCCUCGAGUACAAUCAACACCAAAACUUGGAUCACCAAUAGUUAUAAAUGACUCGGAUGAAUUUGAAAAUGAGUUACCAAAAGAGGUGAAACAACCCAGUAAAGCUGGUAAUGUUUCCUUCAACCUCUCCAACGAAUCUCCUCUUCGAGAGAAUUUAAAAUCACGACCCAGCAUAGGAGGGUGGUCACCGGCCCAACAAAUACUAUGCGCCACGCCGAGAACCGAACCCGUACCCUCAACGCCCAAAGACAAAGCCAACGAGUCGCUAGAAAAGUGCUCGAUAAAGAAAAUACAUCACUCCCAAAGGAAAUUACUUGACGACAUUUACGGAGAAGUAUGGAAGUCCAUACCAACUUUAUUUAAAACUGUAUCGCAUAAAAAUGAUAUCGAUGGUAUAUCAAAGAAACUUAACUUUAAUGAUGAUGAUGAUGACAGCGACAAAGAAAAUAUUCAUGUAAGAAUAAAAAAGACCAAAGAACUAUAUUUGACAGAUUCCGAAAGAAAACAUGUAACGAAAGGUGCGGAAGGCGAGAAAUCAUCUAAAAAGAAGUUGUUUACAGAGAAAAUUGUCACGCCUCAGCCGACUGUCAAAAAGACAGAGAAACCGGCUGUCAAGAGAAGUGUGAACUCGACUGUCAAGAAGAAAUUACCUCCGGGUAAAUCAGUGACGGAGUUAGUGAAGUAUUUGGAUGAAGAUGUGGACAGUUUAGCGAAGCGGGUUGAUAAUGUCACUGUUACUCCGGACAAUGUUAAGAGGCUGACUUUUAUGGGGUCUUUGGCAGACUACAACGUCCCGUCGUGGCGGUGUCACCCCGAAGCGUUCCAGUAUCGGGACAACUACAAGAAUCUUCGCGAGCAACUCACACGCAGGUUAUACGAGGAAUUCAACAGGGUGGUAUUCAACAAUGCUCUGGACAACGACCUGCCGAUCGUGUGGGACAGCAAACUCAGGAGUACCGCCGGUACAACAACAAACCGCCUAGUCAAAUCAUCGCGAGGCGACCGCAUCCGCACCUCCUCGAUAAAGCUCUCAGUGAAAGUGUUGGACACGCCACAACGGGUCCGAGACACGCUCAUACACGAGCUGUGUCAUGCCGCGACUUGGCUGGUGGACUCAGAACUCAGGGCUGGACACGGGCCGCUGUGGAAGAAGUGGGCGUCCCGCGCUCUUCGAGCCAUCCCCGAGCUAGGCGACAUCUCGCGCUGUCACGACAUGGAGAUACACUACAAAUACACAUACAAGUGCACCAAGUGCGGCUACAGCAUCCAACGCCACUCCAAAUCCAUAGACAUAACAAAGAAAUGCUGCGGGUACUGCCGCGGUACAUUCGAGAUCAUAGUCAAUAAGAAGACCAAAGAUGGCCACGUAGUGUCCACACCUGCGCGGAAGGCCGGCGCGAACGAAUUCGCCAUGUAUGUCAAAGAAAACUAUGGGACGGUGAAGGAAGGGAAGACCCAUGCACAGGUUAUGAAGAUCUUGGGAGAACAGUUUUCUGCCAAGAAAAAACCUAAGGAAACUAGUUAGCCCCUCAAUCCCUAUUGGUCCAAAAUUCUCAGGCAAAAAACGACCUAGAAUGUUUGAGGUUUAGAGGUACAGAUGUAGUGUAUAAUUGUUUUCCAUCGUAUUUUCUCGGAAACGUUCGUAUUUGUCGUGCUACUUCAGUCAACCUCGGUACUUUUUGUACAGAGACACGUUCGUACGUUUCCGUGAAAUACCAUGGAAAAUCCUCCUCUACUCCCGUGGCUCACUCCGCGAUUUCGUCGCUUUGCAACAGGUAGCUACAGGUACAGUCGAGGUCAAAUAUAUGUUUACAGUUUUGCACCUUACUCCCUUGUAAUAAGGCGAAAAAUGUAAACAUAUCUUUGACGUCGACUGUACAUCCGUUCCACACCAAUUUUGGUGGCUGGCCAUAAGCCGCGCGUGGCGCUGUCGCCACCUAGCGGCCAUAUCUGUCCGGAUCGUAACAGACGCGUUUUGUUAGAGAGUGAAUCUUCUGUACCCAGUACUAUUACCUAUUUAUUCUGUGCCGCCACUAAGAAGCUUGCUCUCUUCUAUAAAAUUUCUAACUGAAAAAAACGAGGUAUAUAUUUACUUUAGUUUCCAUGUCCAACAACUUUUUGUACAGAUUUCGACAUUAAUAACUGUAUUGUAUAUUGACUUGUAUUUGUAUACUAUAUUUUGCAACUUAUCUCAUAUAUGUAUUUGGAGAUAUUAACACUUUCUACAAGGUAAGUAUACAUUAGUUUGUUUAAUGUAUUUUAUAAGACAGUUCUCCGGAAGACUGAUUUUAGAUAUUUAUACUGUACAUAAUUUGAUUAUAUUAAUUUAAAAAAAAACUUGUAAUUAAUCGCAAUUUCGAAUAAUUGUGUGAAUUUUCCACCUGAUUUAUUUAUUAUUUUCGCCGGUACCUAAAUACAAAAUAAAGAACUUAUUCAUCGAAUAGGUUAUUCCCAUUAAGUUACCACUUAAUACUUCGUUUUUUUAGCAUUAGAAAUAUGGUAAACAAUCUUGAUGUGUCUUUAUAUUGAAAAACACGUUUAAAAAAUAAGUCACGGCAAAUAUGUUACAAUUAUGAAUCUAAUACGAUCAUUUAUAUUCUUCUGCUUUCAUAAGCAAUAGUUUUUGAUUUUUUAAAAGCGUUUUUCAAUUAAAAGACAUGUCAAGAUCGCUUUCCUUCUUGCAAGUUCUUUCUAAUGCUAAAAAAACGAACUAUAACUUGGGAAUGAUUUUCCCCAGAUUAAUGUUACCACUGGUAACAACUUGGUGGUAACUAGGGGGAAUAAUGGUCUUAUCCUUUACAAUCUUUACAAAUAGGGCCAAGGAGGCAACAGUGACUCGGAAACACGUCCAGUCUGACAAAAAAGAGUAGAAAUUAAAAAGUGGCUAUACUGUAUAGUUCAUUUUUUUAGCAUUAGAAAUAAGGUAAACAAUCUUGAUGUGUCUUUUAAUUGAAAAACACAUUUUAUAAAUAUGUAACAAUUAUGAAUCUAAUACGAUCAUUUAUAUUCUUCUGCUUUCAUAAGUAUUAGUUACUGAUUUUUAAAAAGCGUUUUUCAAUUAAAAGUGAAGAUGCUUACCUUCUUUCAUGUUCUUUCUGAUGCUAAAAAACGUACUAUAGUAUAGUGGGAAUAAUGGUCUUAUCCUUUACAAUCUUUACAAUAGGGUCAAGGAGGCAACACUGACUCGGAAACACUGACAGUCUGACAAAAAAGAGUAGAAAUUAAAAAGUCUACAGUAUUACCACUUUUUAAUUUCUACUCGUUUUUUAGGGUGCUACAUAGCGAUAUUUGGGCGACUGAGCCACUGUUUGCGUUGAGCCAUUGUACCCGCCUUGACCCUACGCCUUAAAUCUAUUACCUAGGUACCAAUUGGCGUUGAAAAUAUUUAAUAAUAUGUAUUUGUGUUACGUACGCUUGUUACUUUAGAAAAGUGAUUUAUAAUAAAAUUUAGACAAGUUUUACUGUUAUGAAUG